AUGUUUUCACUUGUGCUUUCAUUCAUGUAUUCGCUAAUUAUUCCAGCUUUCUUUCUUCCCUUUUUAUUUAUUUUUCAUUUUCUUUUCUUGCUUUUUUUGUUCUUUCGUUGUUUUUUUGUUUGUUUUCUUUAUCCUUCAUUUGUUUUCUUUUUUUUCUUUCUUUCUUUCAUUUUUUUCCCUUUUUUCUUUCUCUUUUACUUUUCCUUCUAUAUUCUUUAUCUUUCUAUUUUGUUUCCUUUUUUUAAUUUAUUUCCAUGUUUAUUAUUUACUUCGGUUUCUUUCUUUUUCUUUCUUUUUUCCUUCUUUCUUAAUUUCUUUCUCUCUUUCUUUCUUUAUUCUUUCUCUCUCGCUUUCUUUCUAUAUCUUUCUUUCUCGCUGUCUUUUUCUUUCUUUCUCGCUGUCUUUUUCUUUCUUUCUUUUUUCUUUCUAUUUUCUUUCUUUUUCUUUCAUUUUUCUCUCUUUCUUUAUUUUUUCUUUCUUUUUUUUUUUUUCUCUUUCUCUCUUUCAUUCUUUAUUGGUCUCUUUUUUCUUUCUCUCUUUCUUAUUUUCUUUCUCUUUUUCUUUUUUCGUUCUUUCUUAAUUUCUUUCUCUCUUUCUUUCUUUAUUCUUUCUGUCUCGCUUUCUUUCUAUUUUUUCUUUCUCGCUUAUUUCUUUCUUUCUCGCUGUCUUUUUUCUUUCUUCUUUGUCUUUUCUUUUCUUUUCUUUUUUCUUUCUCUUUCUUUUCUUUUUUUUCUCUCUUUCUUUUAUUUUUCUUUUUUUUCUUUUCUCUCUUUCUUUCUUUAUUGGUCUUUUUUUUUUUCUCUUUCUUUUUUCUUUCUCUUUUUCUUUUUUUUUUUUCUUAAUUUCUUUCUCUCUUUCUUUCUUUUUCUUUCUGUCUCUUUCUUUUAUAUUUCUUUCUUUCUCGCUGUCUUUUUCUUUCUUUCUCGCUGUCUUUUUCUUUCUUUCUUUUUUUUUCUAUUUUCUUUUUUUUCUUUCAUUUUUCUUUCUUUAUUUUUUUUUUCUUUUUUUUUUUUCUUUUCUCUUUCAUUUCUUUUAUUGGUCUCUUUUUCUUUCUCUCUUUCUUAUUUUUCUUUCUUUUUCUUUUUCGUUUCUUUCUUAAUUUCUUUCUCUUUUUCUUUUUUCUUUUAUUUCUUUUCUUUCUCUUUUUCUUUCUUUCUUUUUUCUUUUUAUUUUCUUUUCUUUUUCUUUCAUUUUCUCUCUUUCUUUCUUUUUCUUUCUUUUUUUUUUCUUUUCUUUUCUCUCUUUCAUUUUUAUUGGUCUUUUCUCUCUUUCUUAUUUUCUUUUCUUUUUUUCUUUUUUUCUUAA